GUGUCCAAUAAAAUAAGAAUCGUCGCUCAGUCCUCAAUCUCUCUGGAAAUAUGCCACAAGCAGCUACCUGCAGCUUCAAAUCAGCAACCUAUCGGAGGAGUUCCGAAUCCUAGAGGACAGUCAAACGUAUAGCACUGACCAACCUCCGGCGUGCGGACAAGUUCAACUUGGCGACACUAUGAGUCGACUUGUCAGUCAGGUCCUCCCUGUAGUUGUCUUGGCCUUAAUUGCUUGGGCAGGUCGAUGGAAAUUCCGCAAGCAAUUCUUUUCUGGUAAAUCAGGCCGAGGUGCUUUUGCGCUCGCCGCUUUGCCAGGUCGCAUUAGGAUACUAGCACGGAAUCGAAGACAGUCUGAGUCCAGUUGGAUCGCAUCGUUUCAGUAUUGGUCGUCUCUACUAUUGUUGGCAAUCUUUGGAAUCAUUUGUCAGAGGGAUGAAAUCAGUCUUUCACUUCCUGCAUACUCUAUUGACAGUCUGGCAAAUGGAUCCAAGAGAUUAUUGAAGUCUACUUGCGAAAGCUUAAAGACUGUGCCAAAGGACGGCUUGUUCAAAUACCACUUUUUCUUGGUUGGAGGGGAGGAGGCACCGCAGCUCGCAGCUUAUGAUGGUGGCUGGGUUCCUACAAAGACGGCAGAUACUCACGUGAACACCGAACCGUGGAGUCAAAGCAAUGAAAGCCCUGGCCUGGAGUUGGAUAAUAACAAGGUUUUGCUCCAACUUUGUCGGGUUGAUUACCGAGGAAGAGAGCAUCAAGACACUUGGAUAGUGCAUUUGCCGGAACACAAGGAGGUACGCAAUCAUAGCCAAGCACUUAGCCGACUCGUUCAAGCAGAAAUUUGGGAGACAGCCAUUUUUACCAUUAUUAUGGCACUCGUUAUUAUCUACCUCUUGAAAUCCCCCACAGUACGUUUUAUAGUUAUCCUUGUCUUGGUCCUACUACUCCUUGGUCAUGGAAAGCUUUGGUGGGAAAUUCAACGCCUUGUCGUUCGUCUCCAUGGUGACUACCAAAACUAUGCUACGCUACAUUUGAUUCUAUGUAGCAAGGCAUCAAAAUUCCUUUACCCAGACAGAAACCCCGAAGAGUCUCAGUCGAUUCCGGACUUCCUUUGGGUGACAAUGGUUAAAAGCAAAGAAGCAUCUACUCAGGAAGGUGUGAGGGGAUAUACAGUCUGUGCAACAAGCAUAGUUGAAGUGAAAAACUACCGAGAUCGACUGUAUGAACGACACUUUCGCGUAGCCACGAUACCCUAUACCGGUGGCUUUGUCUGUUUUCUCUCUAUAUUACACGGCAUAGAGUGGUGCCUCACAACGACAUUAGUACCAACAUAUGACUUCUCCCAGCAACAUUUCGUUUUUAUCAGCGUGUGUGGUACAUUCAUGAGGGGCUUCAUUUCUAAGGAUCUAUACCCAUUUUUUGCUAUCACCUGCAUUCUCCUUGACUGUUUCCUGGAUUACACCGAGUUCAGACAUAACGAAGCUGUCUACGACACGUUUGGUAGGUUUCGAGAUAUGUUUUAUAUAAUAUCAGCCGUCGCAGUGUACGGGUGUUUGGUUGACUAUAUAGGAGUGGUAUUUUAG